AUGCUGGAAGACCUAACAUUCAGACUUCCCUUGAUGGAUGCAAUCCAGAUGAUACCAUCUAUGCGUAACUUUGUGAAAGGACUGAUUUCUGGGAAAAUAUCUGAUGACAGUGAGUUCAUGAUCAUCACCAAGGAGUGUAGUGCAGUGCUUCAGAACAAGAGGAUCAAGAAACUGGGUGAUCCGGGAAAAUGUGUUCUCUCAGUCCAGAUUGGGAGAACAGUCUUUUCAUGCUCACUCGUCGAUCUAGGAUCAAGCAUAAACCUCAUGCCAUACUCUGUAGCUAAGCACCUGGGAUACACAGAUUUCAAACCUACCAGGAUGUCCCUUGUGUUUGAUGAUCGUUCAGUGAAGUCUCAAGUUGGAAUUCUUGAGGAUCUCCAAGUUCUGGUUAGGAACACACUUGUCCCUGCUGAUUUCGUAGUUCUGGAACUUGAGGAAGAAUCAAAAGAUCCCCUGAUCCUGGGUAAACUAUUUCUAUGCACUGUCGGAGCUAUCAUCGAUGUUCGACAAUGGAAAAUCGAUCUACACCUAGGGGACAUGUGA